AUGUUCUCAAAGGAAGACCGGAUGUACGCCUCUCCGCGGGUGAACCUGAUGACGCCCAGCAAGACGCCCUUCCUCAUCCGCGACAUACUGGGCUCGAGUUCCACCGCGCCGACAACGACGGCCCACAGUUCGCUUUUCGACGGCACGACGUCUACGACAGCGGGUAGCACGGACGCGGCAGCCACUGCCGCGGGAAUCGCGGCUUUGGUGGCUCUGCGCGGCGCAGCAGCUGGACCUAGCUGGACGUCGGCCGCCGGACCUGCCGAGCCGCAGAGCGAGCAACCGCCUGGCUGCUGCGGAGGCUUCCUUCUGGGUUGUGUCACGGUUCCCUGCCUGAGCUGCGCGACGUCUCCGUGGAACGCAGCCGCUUACCCAGACCUCACCAGCGCGUACUUGCAAGGCGGAGGCGGUGCCACUUCAUGGCCUUCGUCUGCGUUUCCAAUCAGUCCGGCCGUGUCUUCGGUGGAAGCCCUGGCUGGUUCUGGUUUUCCCGCGCAGCAGCAGCCACUGAGCCCUUCGACGAGUGAUGCCCUGCAGGCUGCAGGCCGCGAGCUGCGCAAGGCGCGUCGCAACCGGACCGUGUUCACCGAGGGCCAGCUGAUGGGCCUCGAGCGGCGCUUCGACUCGCAGAAGUACCUGUCCACUCCCGACCGUGCCGACCUGGCACGAGUGCUGGGACUGACGCAACUGCAGGUCAAGACCUGGUACCAGAACAGGCGCAUGAAGUGGAAGAAACAGGUGAUGCAGGGCGGGUGCGCAGUGCCGCCGACGAAGCCCAAAGGCCGCCCCAAGAAGAACUCCAUCCCGAGCCUCGCGCAGUGCCAGCAAGCGCAAAGGCAGCUUGCCCUGGCCGCCGCCUCUGCGCGGCCGCCUGCCGUGACGGACAGCAUGGCCUCCUUCGACACACGAAAUGGCUAUCCCAGAUGA